AUGAAUUAAUUACGCUUAUUGAUGUUUUUAAAAGUCGUCUCGGCAUAUAUAUACUACGACACAGGAUUAAUGACUGACUUCGAUUAUCAUGCUUAACCAAGUUUUAUUUGCAAAAAUGGCUACUCUAAUACAGCAACCACAACUUUCUCAUAGCAAUUUUAGAAUAUUCCUUAAGUAUUUUUUACUCAUGAAUACCUCGAUUAAGAUUUGGCUGAAUUGGGGUUUAAAUUAGCAAUAACAGCUAUAUCUUAAACACGUAUUUACUCAAUAAAUAUUUUAAUAGAGUUUACAACAGAAAUUAGUUGUAAUAAGCAAAGAGUAUAUGUAGUCAAAUUAAGAUGGUUUGCCAUAGAUGACUAGCGUAUUGAAGUUAUAAGUAACUUCAAUAUGGAAAAUCCAGAUGAUAAAACAUUUCCAAUUAAAAAUCCUAAUGCCUAAACUGGAUUUUUAGCUAUCACAAGUAUGCGCUAUACAGGACAGAUAGAUUUUCUAUUAUCGGUAAUAGUUAAAAAUCCUUACAUAGAUAAGCUAAAUAAAAGCUAAUUCAGUGACUGUGAGUAUAACGAAAGUUGCAGGAAAGUUUACAAAUCUGAAAUAGAUUGGAUAUUUUAUAGUUGUUGGAAUUGAAGAAGCAUUCAUAAAUUUAGGGUUAAAGACUGCUACUGGUGCAUUUAGCAGUGGAACUAUACCAAUUGAGUCUAAUAGAUGGUUUGCUAUAGUAUUAUAAGGUUUGAACUAUUCAAAUUCUAAAAAUCUUAGAAUAAAAGCUACAUAUAGCAACACAGCAACAACGAUUUCAUAUACUUGGGGCACCUGUAAUUAUUUAUAAUUAAUAUAAUAUAAAAGGGUAAGAAACAGAGACUCCUAAUAGUCAUUCUUAGAUUUGGAUAGCAUAUUAAUUUACUAAGAUAUUUUACCCUUUAGAAUGUUUUACUAUAAGAACCAGUAGAAAAGAAGUGAAGGAUUUAUCAAUACUUCCUACAUUCUAUUUAGAAUUUGUUUAAUCUAAUUAAAUUUACACUACUAAUGGAAUUUAUGUAUAUUAUAUUGAUAAAUCAAAUGUACCAUUUAAGAUGGGUAUCUAAAUUAAAUGUGAAAAUGGAAAGAAAAUCUAAGCCAAUUUUAAUAAAUGCAAUGCUUGUAGUACUAAAAAGACUCACUCUUUCUCCUAUAAUUGCUUUAAUUAAAUGAAUUAUGUUGGUUUUUUCCCUGUCUUUUAAUAAGCAUUUCCAUAAUAUCAUCAUUUAAAAAUAAAUAUGAAUCCAUCAUCACUAGAAAUCAUAAAUGUCGUUUACAAUUAAGCUCUUACGGAAUCCACAAUAGUGUAAAUUUAAAUAUUAAAUUAAUGAAUAGAUUUUACCAUUAUUAUCUAAGAAUAUUACUUAAUUUUUAAUUAAUUUUUAUGUUACUAUGUUCGAAUUUCAUAAUUUUUGCUUUAUUUUAUAAGCAUAUCCUAUUCAAUUUUAAAGAUANAUGGCUGAAUUGGGGUUUAAAUUAGCAAUAACAGCUAUAUCUUAAACACGUAUUUACUCAAUAAAUAUUUUAAUAGAGUUUACAACAGAAAUUAGUUGUAAUAAGCAAAGAGUAUAUGUAGUCAAAUUAAGAUGGUUUGCCAUAGAUGACUAGCGUAUUGAAGUUAUAAGUAACUUCAAUAUGGAAAAUCCAGAUGAUAAAACAUUUCCAAUUAAAAAUCCUAAUGCCUAAACUGGAUUUUUAGCUAUCACAAGUAUGCGCUAUACAGGACAGAUAGAUUUUCUAUUAUCGGUAAUAGUUAAAAAUCCUUACAUAGAUAAGCUAAAUAAAAGCUAAUUCAGUGACUGUGAGUAUAACGAAAGUUGCAGGAAAGUUUACAAAUCUGAAAUAGAUUGGAUAUUUUAUAGUUGUUGGAAUUGAAGAAGCAUUCAUAAAUUUAGGGUUAAAGACUGCUACUGGUGCAUUUAGCAGUGGAACUAUACCAAUUGAGUCUAAUAGAUGGUUUGCUAUAGUAUUAUAAGGUUUGAACUAUUCAAAUUCUAAAAAUCUUAGAAUAAAAGCUACAUAUAGCAACACAGCAACAACGAUUUCAUAUACUUGGGGCACCUGUAAUUAUUUAUAAUUAAUAUAAUAUAAAAGGGUAAGAAACAGAGACUCCUAAUAGUCAUUCUUAGAUUUGGAUAGCAUAUUAAUUUACUAAGAUAUUUUACCCUUUAGAAUGUUUUACUAUAAGAACCAGUAGAAAAGAAGUGAAGGAUUUAUCAAUACUUCCUACAUUCUAUUUAGAAUUUGUUUAAUCUAAUUAAAUUUACACUACUAAUGGAAUUUAUGUAUAUUAUAUUGAUAAAUCAAAUGUACCAUUUAAGAUGGGUAUCUAAAUUAAAUGUGAAAAUGGAAAGAAAAUCUAAGCCAAUUUUAAUAAAUGCAAUGCUUGUAGUACUAAAAAGACUCACUCUUUCUCCUAUAAUUGCUUUAAUUAAAUGAAUUAUGUUGGUUUUUUCCCUGUCUUUUAAUAAGCAUUUCCAUAAUAUCAUCAUUUAAAAAUAAAUAUGAAUCCAUCAUCACUAGAAAUCAUAAAUGUCGUUUACAAUUAAGCUCUUACGGAAUCCACAAUAGUGUAAAUUUAAAUAUUAAAUUAAUGA